GUGAACUUGGGCCUGCGCGUGCACAGCUGCGGCACGGUGCUUGAGCUGGAGGGCCUGGAGACGGAAGGCCAAGGCGCGGAGCUGCUGGAGGGCGAGGCUUGGCUCGCCGAGCAGCGCCGGAUCCUGGCGUCGCUAGGCGGAGAUUCUCGACGGCCUUGCGGAGCCAAGAAGAUGCGUGCGCUGGACGCGCAGUCGCUGCUCAGAAGCCCAGCGCAGCCGGAAACGAAGCAGCCAUCGUGGUGCGAGACAGUCCAGGGCAAGAGGCAGCGAGCGCCGCUUGGACAGCGCUCA